AAUUUGGUGUUUUUGUCGCGGUGCGGUUGGUGGUUGUUUUGUUUACCAGUCAGCGAUACCAACCGCCAUAGUAACCUAAAAUGAGUCAGUGAUAAAAAUCGGGGCGCAAGAUGGGGAACCACCACGGACACGGCCCCCAUAGCAAGUCGGGCGACUCCACGCCUACGUCCAACGGCUCGCGCAAAAGCAUCUCGCGGACGGUCUCCAACCACGAAAUCCAGGCCGACAAGCCGAGCGCACUUCUACCCGUGGAGAAGCUAACCAAAAUUUUGGCCGACAAAUCGUUUGAGGAGGAGCACAUUACCGGCAUUUCCCUCAAUGUUUUCACCAAGUGUUUGUUCCCGCGGUACCCCGUCUUGGCCGAGAAGCUCUACACGUACUUACUCACGGGGGCGAAGUCACGCAACACUUACAUCGACAUCCAGGGCUUCAAACUGCAAUGCGAGAAAUACCUAUCGUUCCAGAUUCUGGACGACGAAACGGUACGUGACACUUUCGUACGCAUGUUUGGCACACAAGUGGAAGACGCUGGCGAGGUUAUAACCCCCGAGGGGCUCCGCUCGCUCCUAAUGUGCGCCUACCACGUCAGCAUGGACCACUACUCCGAGGGCCCCCAGAUGUGCCUCUCAAUUAGCAAGACUUUGAAAGCUGUGGUUGAUAGUUGCUUUCACACCAAAACCCAACUCUCAACCCAGUUUGUUUCCCAUUGGCUGGCCGCCAAUUGUCCCCGCCUCCUGCUCCCCCUACACAGAUAUCUAGUACAUUCCUUAGCCACGUCGUGGCGCACUUUGGAAGACAUGGAGAACGCCCCAGCCGCAGAUUUUAAAACACACGCUGCGAAAGAUGAGGUUGAGGAAGGUUUAGAGUUGGCCACGCCCGUCCUGGAGCAGGCCCCGCCCUUCAGCCAGAAACACCCCCACUUGCUGCACAUGAGCAUGUCGUGGCUGUUGGCAGGGGCCCUCCCACCUGUAUUUUCACGCCCACAAAAAGCGCACUCGCCUAGCAACAGUGGCGUUGGUCUGGCAAGCACCGCCUUUUUGACCAAACUCUUGUGCUCGGUGCCUUCUCAUUGGGUGGUUUUGUACGACUCGGAUAAUGACGGUUUAGGGGCGAAUCGUUUCCUACACCACGUGAUGUCGUACAAAGGGCCCACUUUGUGUCUUUUGCGGGUCGAAGAUGGCCAAGUUUUUUGUAUUGCGUCACCGAAUGAGUGGAGAGAAUCCAAUCAUUAUUGGGGUGGGGAGGACUCAGCUGUUUUUCAAUUGUUACCAAAGUUUGUGUUACUGGAAAAGGGGUCCAAAAUGUUGUAUUUAAAUACCACGGUUCGGGGGUACCCUUAUGGGUUACGGGCUGGGAAAGACCCACGUAGUCCCAUAAUCAUAGUAGACGGUGGGUUUGAAAAGAUGGAGUUUAAAAAAAUACCCUACAGUUUGCUACGUAUUGAAGUCUGGGGUUGUGGGGAUCCCAUAAGUCGGGAACAACAAUUAGAAGUGAAAAAAUGGGAAGUCAAGGAAGCCGAAAGACAAAGAUGUGUCAAAUUGAGCGCCGAUGAUUGGCUGGACCAUCCAGAUAGGUAUCUGUUGGAGUUGGCUGGGCGGCCACAGUACCACCAAAACCAAACACAAUAAGUAUCAAUUAAGUACUUAGAAAUUUGUUAGAGUGAUAUUAAAGUUAGGCUAGGGACUGUUGUAUUUAUUCAAGUCUCACUCGCAUUCAAAAGUAUUGAUACGUGCCUUGAGAAGACGGCUUUUCGAUAUUAUUAGCUACUUAAUUAAAUUUAAUCAACUUGCGUAUUUCAAGCUACUUAAUUCGUUUUAUUCUUAACAGGGUGUUGUUCAUUACAGUGUUCAAGCAGACAUAUUUUUAUAAAAAUGUUUGACCCAA